CUCUGCAACAGCAACUUAUUUGGCGUGCAACAACAGAUGGCAGAGCAACGCUGAUAUGGAGCGUCGUUAUGUUUACCCUCGAGAAUACGCUCCUGAAAUUGAUGCUCGUAUCGUGUCCGCUCGUGGGAGCUACACAAACGAUAUGUUCCGACAAAUAGCUCAAACGUCGUCGGGAAUCGCGUGCUACCCCACAGCACCCCACACUCAUUCCGAUCGUGACCGUUCUUCCAUUGGCGAGCAUCCAAACGGUAGUAUUUCGGUUAAUAAGGAAAGAGAAGAGGAAAUGGUUCACUUUGCUUUUGAACGGUCGCAUCAAGAUUCUGAUUUGGGUAUCAUAGCAAGUUCAACAAUCACUUCGUGUUCCUGGAUCGAUCAAUGUCUGGAGAAUUGUUUGAACUGUCGUGGGUGCAACAGUCUGCCCUUUAACUCAAACUCUCUGGUUGAUGGUCUUACUACUGUGCGCUUGGCAGAGGAAGAGCCAGAGAAGGAGCUGAUACAUCUGGCCAUGGAGCUGAGCUGCAAAGGCGAGAACGAGCGCCUUCCACGCAUCCAACAUAACUCAGAGAACGUCGAACGGAUGACCCGAGUAGAGCGGAAAAUGUUUGAGCUUGCUAUGGAGCGAUCCAUUGCCGAUUCGGAAGCCUCCCUUCGUUCACGCUAUAUGAAGCGUUGUAAUGACCGAAUUGACUUUGAAAUAUUGGGAAACCAAAAACUACAGCGAGUGUAG